UCUGUGAACAACAAACCCCCAAACUCUGAGGGGCAAGGGGAGAAGAAAGACAAUGCUACGGCUCCACCAGCUCCUCCAACCUAUGAGGAGGCGACAGCAGGAGAAGGGAUGAAGUCUGGUGCUUACCCUCCUCCCCCAUCGGUCCCGCUCCACCCCAGCUGGGCUUACGUUGACCCCAGCAUGAGCCCCAGCUACGGCAGUGGUGGGUACCCAGGGGACACGGAGAUGCUCACAACCUUCAGCUGGGAUGACAGGAAUGUGCGCAGAGUGUUCAUCAGGAAGGUUUAUGCCAUCCUGAUGGUCCAGCUCUUGGUCACUGUUGUUAUUGUGGCUUUCUUCACCUUCUGUGAGCCGGUCAAGGGGUACAUUCAGACACAUGCUGCCUGGUACUGGGCCUCCUAUGCUGUUUUCUUUGUGACCUACUUGAUUCUUGCUUGCUGCUCUGGACCCAGGAGGUAUUUCCCAUGGAAUCUGAUUCUGCUGAGCAUCUUUACCCUCUCCAUGGCUUAUCUCACCGGGAUGCUCUCCAGUUACUACAAUACAAAGUCAGUCCUCCUGUGUCUGGGGAUCACAGCCCUGGUGUGUCUGUCUGUCACAAUCUUCAGCUUCCAGAGCAAGUUUGACUUCACCUCCUACCAGGGUGUCCUCUUUGUGAUGCUCAUGGUGCUCUUCUUUGGUGGCAUCAUCCUGGCUGUGAUACUGCCCUACCAAUACGUCCCCUGGCUCCAUGCGAUCUACGCUCUGCUUGGUGCCAUCAUCUUCACUAUGUUCCUGGCAUUUGAUACCCAGAUGCUGAUGGGGAAUCGUCGGUACUCACUGAGCCCAGAGGAAUACAUCUUUGGAGCCCUCAAUAUCUAUCUGGACAUCAUCUACAUCUUUUCCUUCUUCCUCCAGUUCUUUGGAUCCAGCCAGGAGUGAGUGCAGCAAGGCAGUAUCUUCUCUUUGUUGGCAAGAUGCAAGCGUGUUAAAAAUAUUAAAAGAGGAGGAGAAGAGGGUUAAAAACCCCCAACAAACAAAACCAAACCCACCCUUUCUGGCCCACAAGCAGGCUCCAUUCAGUCAGCUGAGCAAAGCCCCUGGGUUCCUUAUGCAGCUUGUAUAUAUGCUGUUAGGCCUUUGUGACCCAGAAAGCAAAGUAGGGCUUAAGUGUUAUGUCUCUUCUGCUCCCUCCACUCCUACUGAGAUCAAACCAGACUGGGAGGCAUGAGACCAAGGUCGUCUUUUUCCCAGAGACUGGGUCAGAGUUGCUGGUCCGAGUCCUACAUAUCACGGGAUGUUGAAGUGCAGAGAAGAGCUCUGCAAAGGGAAAAUAGCAUUAGGGGAGGACAGUAGGGAAUUUUGCUAGGAUCCUGGCAAGAAAUACUGCUGAACAAAGG